AUGGUUCAGAAAAUAUCAGCUGGGUUCUGUACCCUUUCGCUGCUCCCAUUGAUACGCGCUCUAGUGUUCACGGGGCCUUCCAGUACUGCUGCUGCCCAUCAUCCAUUACGGCUAGCACUCCCUGAGGCGACUCCCGGCUUCGAUUCAGAGAUAAAGGGCUUACAUCAACGAGCUGAUACUUACGAUUCAUAUACUGGGGGUUCUGUAGAUGCUGCGACGAGUACAUAUGUUUCGUGGGCAAGCGCCAGUGUAUGUGGCUUUGUCGAAGGGGUGCUGGACUACUCAUCGGAGAUUGCAUGCGUCGGCUACGAGUACGGCUUCCCACAAUGCCUCUUCCAUACAGCAGGCCCUAGCUAUCCAGCCAUGGUGGGCUGUUGCGAUAACGCCUAUACCCCGAAAUGCCGAUUCAAGACCACAUGCUACGAUAGCGAGCAAGUCGCCAAUACUCCUACUCUGACUGAGUCCACGGCAAAUGCAUUCGCAGUUUUAUGCACGAGACCAACGGCGGCGUCCUGCGUUCAGUGGACCUACCCUGGCCUGUCGAUCACUGACUACGGCUGCUCGAACAUUGAGACUACCCAGACCGUGUAUCUGUCUGCCACGCCAUACUCGCACAAUAUCCCCGACAGGAGUAGUGUCAGCUAUGUGGGUGGGAUUCCCACCGUAGGCUCUGUGGUGGGGUCCCUGGUAUAUGAUAGUUUCAUCUCGGAUUACGUCGACAGCAAGGCAGCAUCAUCCGGCAUAUCAUCUGCGCCGGCUGCCUCUACCACCUCGACUGGAUCGUCGUCGGGAUCGUCGUCGGGAUCUAACUCGGCAUCCGGGCAAUCCACUUCACACAGUUCAUCCAACACUGGCGUAAUUGCCGGAGGCGCGGUGGGUGGAGUAGUUGGGCUUGCGGGAAUAGGGGCAGCCAUCUUCAUGUUCAUCAAGAUGCAAAGAAAGAAGAAAAGUCAACGGCACGAAUAUGAACCCGCGUUGGGAGGUGACAGUGCUGCACCACCACCGCUUCCUUCUCUGAGUGUCCUUCCCUCUCCCUCGGAAGUGGACGGGUCUUCAUUCCACAAUUAUGUGGCUGUUGACCCAUACAAACCAGAUCACAAUUUCCACUCUGCACCUCUCCCUCAAGAAAUGGACGCGCGAAAUUUUGUUGCUGAGCUCCCUGCUUCGCCAGAAGAUUCACGGCCUGUUUCCUCCAUGAAUCAAAGGCCAAUAUCUUAUACAUCGGGGCCGAGGCACUGA